UAUAAAUCCAAUCCGUAACCCACGUUAAUAAUUUAGUCCCUAAUUAGUCCCUAAUCCAAUAACAACCACACAAAUCCCAUCGCCAUCGCCAUUAAUGAAGCUCCGAAUCCACGCGGCGUCGCCAAUGUCGAAACCCUCGAUCGGGGAGGGAUCGAAUCGGGGUUGCGCCGAGAAAUUAGGGUUUCGAUAGGGCGGAGAUGGAUUGGUGGAGGUGCUUAUGGGAGGGGCGAGAAGGGCGCUCCUCGAAUCCUCCGCUUCGCGAGCCCGAGCCCUUCUCCCUCCCCUCCCCGAUCCCGCAUUGGCCUCGAGAUGGGGGCUUUGCGCAAGGAAUUAUAUGCAUUGGCGAUCUUGAAGUUGUUAAAAUAACGAAGUUUGAGCGCGUUUGGAGCUACCGCUCGUCGAAGCUGGAGAGCAAAGGAGCAGCAUUGUACAAACCGAUCGAAAUACCCGAAGGAUUCUUCGUCCUCGGUCAUUACGGCCAACUAAAUGAUCGACUUUUGCAUGGUUUCGUUCUUGUCGCGAGAGAAACUUUUUCCUCAAAAGAAGUAGAUCUACCGGCGCUUCAGAGACCCCAGGACUACACGUUUGUUUGGAGUUCAAAUGAUUUGCAAGAAGAUAACUAUGAGGGAGAAAGCGGCUAUUUUUGGCUCCCUUGUCCUCAAGAAGGCUAUAAAGCCGUGGGCUUUUUGGUCACGAGAGAACCAAAUAAGCCCUCGCUCGAUGAAGUCAGAUGUGUUCGAUCUGAUCUCACUGAUAAAUGUGAAGCUCACAGUUUGAUCCUUAGUGUUCAAUCGGAGUCUUCCGACCUCCCUUUUCGAGUAUGGAGCACAAGACCUUCCGAAAGAGGAAUGUGGGCGAAAGGUGUCCCGGUAGGAUCAUUCUCAUGUAGUACUUCUGAAGAGGACCUAACAAUUGCUUGCUUAAACAACAUUCACUUGAAUCUAUCCGCGAUGCCUAAACUCGACCAAAUCAAUUCAUUGAUCAAGCAUUAUGGUCCAACCGUGUUCUUCCACCCUAAAGAGCUUUACUUACCUUCGUCAGUUUCGUGGUUCUUCAAGAAUGGAGCUACUCUUCAUAAGAAAGGGGAAGAUACAAAAGGAGAGGCCAUCGAACAGGAUGGCACAAACCUCCCACGAGGUGGGGAUAAUGAUGGAGAAUACUGGAUAGAUUUACCCAAUGAUGAUCGGAGUACUUAUCUUAAGCUCGGCAACCUCGAAAGUGCGGAGCUUUAUGUUCAUGUUAAGCCCGCUUUAGGCGGUACUUUUACCGAUAUCGCGAUGUGGGUAUUUUGCCCCUUCAAUGGCCCUGCGACCCUAAAGAUCGGCGUUAUGAAUUUUCCUUUAGGCAAGAUUGGACAACAUGUAGGUGAUUGGGAACACUUCACUUUGAGAAUAAGUAAUUUCUCGGGCGAGCUAUGGAGUUUAUACUUCUCACAGCACAGUGGAGGGGCAUGGGUGGAUACCCCUAACUUGGAGUAUGUUGAAGGAAACAAAGCUGUUGUGUAUUCAUCGAAGAGUGGGCAUGCUAGUUUCCCGCACCGCGGCAACUACCUGCAAGGGUCUCGAAAGCUCGGAAUCGGUAUAAGGAAUGAUGCAGUUCGAAGUAAUCUUACCGUGGAUUCGAGUGUUAAGCAUCGAAUUGUCGCAGCUGAGUACCUUGGAGAUGUUAUAGAUGAGCCUUGUUGGUUGCAGUUUAUGCGAGAGUGGGGGCCGAAGAUCGUGUACAAUUCGAGGACGGAGCUUGAGAAGAUACUUAGCUACUUUCCUUUCAAUCUUAGGUACAAGAUGGAGAGGAUGUUUAAUAAGCUUCCACCCGAGUUGUAUGGGGAGGAAGGGCCAACAGGUCCUAAGGAGAAGAACAAUUGGGUUGGUGAUGAAAGAGGAUAGAUUUGUUGCUCUCUUUCUCACAUUGAUUUUUUGAUGCAUUUGAGUAUUACAUCAGCAUCCCCAUAUUGGAGAUGGGACAUUAACCAUUUUAGUGCAUAGUAAGAGCUAGAACUGCUUCACAUAUCGGGAUGGGAAUCGGAGAAUCGGAGAUCGGUUUUCUCGAAUGAUAUUGUAUAUAAUUCUGAUUUUCUUGUUGGCUGUGAAGCAGUGAAUAUAGAUAUUGUAAAACUGGAUUUAUGUACUUCCACAUUCCAUUAAUUAGUUUUGUUAUUGUACACUACAAAGAGAUCUUCUGAAUUAUAUUGAGAGGGUGACAAAUUUAGGAAUUUA